UCUUGUUUGGUUUGCCUACUUCGUCGCCGCUUCCACCCCGGGCCUGCUUCGAUGCGACGGACGACGAUGUUGUUGUGUGUAUUUUGUAUAUAAACACAACACAAAAACAAGCGCACAGAUCGCGCACAAAACAUAAAUCAUGCUCGCUGCUGCUGCUUGUUUGUCGAUGAUGCGAACCUCUCUCCCGCUCUCUCGCGUUCUUUCUCGCUCUCUUCGUCGCCUACUGCCGACUCGGCAGAGAACUGGGAGUGGCUUUCAAACCGAACGUGGCACUCCGAUUGGUUCGCGGCGUUUGUUUGCGCAAAUAUUUAUAUAAAUCUUUUCAUCGCCUCCUCGCUUCUCCGUUUGCUUCUAACAAAGUUGUUUUUGUGUUGUUUGGAUGUUGUUGCGCGGGCCCAGGCCAGGAGUCGACCAGUCUCGGCCAGUUCAGUGCUUGUUUGAUUUUCCACCCAGCAAGAGAGAAGCCCGGCGCUGUUCGUGAGUUUCGUGCGCGCAAUCAAAGCAGGCCGUUUUGGAAUUGUGCCGUCGGUGGUUGGUCGAUCGGUCGGUCUACUUGGAUCGAUUUUUGGGACUGUGUCAGUGCCAGUGCCAGUGGGUGUAGCGAGAACAAUAGAAGAUUUAUUUUUUCGGAAUAACGAUUUAAAGAACGGUGACACGGUGGAGGAAAACAGAAGAUUCAGAACCAUGCUGAACUGUGCGGAUUUAGUGCAAUUCGACCAGUACAGCUUGCAGCUGUACAAUUACGCGAUGGUCGAGCGGUUCCGGACGAAUCAGUUCUUCAACUACGGGAAUAUUGUGACUGAUCCGCGCACGUUGUCGCGAUUUUUCAAGCCAGCGGUGUACGGUGUGAACAAUCCGGCCGGGAUCGACGUCGGCGCCGGGCCGAGCGCGCUGCUGGCGGACGCCAGCAAGCUGUCCUCGGCUCCGAAGCCCCAGUACAGCUACAUCGGGCUGAUCGCGAUCGCGAUCCUAACCUCCCCAGAGCGAAAGCUCGUCCUCUCGGAUAUCUACCAGCACAUCCUGGACAACUACAGCUACUUCCGGAGCCGCGGCCCCGGCUGGCGCAACUCCAUCCGGCACAACCUCUCCCUCAACGAUUGCUUCAUCAAAGCAGGCCGUUCGGCCCACGGCAAGGGCCACUACUGGGCCGUCCACCCCGCCAACGUGGAUGACUUCCUCAAGGGCGAUUUUCGGCGCAGAAAAGCCCAACGCAAGGUCCGUCGCCACAUGGGACUCACCUCGGACGACGACAUCUUCGACAACAGCUCCCCGCGCCAGUUCUUCCCACCAAUCCCAUCCUCCCCACCUCUCCCCCUCCCAGCCGCCGCGUACAUGCCAACCGCCACCGAUCCCCACCCCGCCCUAACAACCCACUAUCAAACCACCCUGGACCAACAUCAAGCCCUCAUCAUCAAAGGAGCCAUGGAGAGCUUCUCCCGGAAGCGCCAGUUCGACGUGGAGUCCCUCCUCAAACCCGACGACGCCAACUCCCAGCAAUCCUCCACCUCAGGAGGCCAUGACCAUCAUCACACCCAUCACCACCAUCAUCUUCAGCAACCAGCGGAAAAGAAGGCCAGAUUUGGCGCGACGACUCCGACGCCGCAGCCAGCGCACCUCCACCAUCCGGUGGCUGCGUUCAACAGUUUGGCUGCGGCCGUCGGCGGACUGGUGCCGAAGGUGGUGCUGCCGCCGAAGGAGACCUAAGAGCGUUUUGCCUGCUUCUCUUUUAUGUAGUAUGUAUGUAUAAUAUGAAUAGUGCUAAGAGAAAUACUUCCUUACAAAAACAACAAAAAAAAAUCUUGAUAAAAAAACACACGCGAACAAUCCGUUGACUGUAAACCUAACUGUGACUGUAAAAGUGAAAAAAAAAAUGAUCGGAGAGCCUGCGGGAUGGAAGAGGAAAAUAGGGCUUGCCAGAGUGGUUAAACUUGUUGAAAAUUGUACUUCAAAUAAAAAAAAAAAACUAUGUAAGUUGGAGUUGGUAUGUGAUUUUUGAUAAUUUUGAUUUUUGCUGGCAAAUUGUAAAAAAAAAUUAUACAAACAAAAUUAAAAAAAUAAAGUUCUGUCAUUUUCAAGUGUAAAAGUAAGGCCAAUGCAAAUAUUAUUUAAAGUUAAAACUAGAAACUCAUUGAUUCAUUGGUAAAAUUUGUACAAUCUACUCCUACUUCGUUGUUGAACGUUUAUUUUCGUAUUGCUAUUCAAACAGAAAUAUAAAUUUUGAGACCACCAGUUAAAAAAAAACCACAGAACCCAGGAACAUUUAUUUUUCAAUAGUUCAUUAAUAUUUUAAAUAAUAAAACAAUUAAAAGACUUUGGAUAGUCGAAUCAUAAAAAAACAAAAAAAAACACGUUUUUUAUUUUCUUGCAUUUUAAAUAAAAUUUGAGUACUGCGAUCCCGUUUAAGUCGAAUUUCAUUGGUUGAUUGUCUAUUAAAUAAAUAAAUUCAUUUUCUUAAUAUUUCAUCACCGUCAUUUUUGCCGCCAUCUUGGUUCUAAACAUUCUAAAUACUUCUAAAUAGAGCCAAUACGCACCUCCCAAGAAAAGGGUUUAAGAAAUGGUUUUACGAACAGCAAAACAAAGAAGAGGGAACGAUUUCUUGGGGCAUUUCUUCACCCUCUCUGGCUUGCUUUCGCUGCCGAUGCUUCCCAUUUGAUUUUUUCUUGACCGCUUUCUUCCGAAGUGCGUAUACCGCUUUUAGUGAUUUAACGUUGAGGGGCUCAAAAAUCAAAAAUAAGACAAAAAAUUGGUUUUUUAUGUUUCGACUACCUGAAGUUAAAUUUUGUCAAUGCCUUCAGAUAAUCGAGUAAUCGCAUUCGUUUGAAAUUUUACCAUUGUAUUCAACUGUUUAACAGGAAUCAACGGUUUUUAACAAAUUUGAAGAACAGAUUUUUGGUAUAAUGACAGAUUUAAACUUAACCGAUUUUUUAUGUUGCCUACCGAAUAUUUGAUAUUUUCCGAUUUCGAUUGUUAAAAAUUUGAUAAAUCACCUGGAAACAAACCGAAAUUUUACCGAAAACGGUAAUUUUCCACAGAAUUCGUUCAUAUUUUAUCAAUUUAUCAUUUGCUUUGUUGUAAAAUUUGAACGUAAAAGUAGUUCUCAGUAAAGUUUUGUUGGACUAUCGAAUCCAUCAAAAUAAAAUUUAAGUCAUUUGAUAAAAGUAUGCUACCGAAUAUUUCUCAAAUAAGGAUAGCUUUGUAAAAGUCGGUAAACCAUCUGUCAAAAUCAUCAAAUAUAUGUUUCCGAAUUUAGAACUUCUUUCAAGUACAGUCCAGACUCGAUUAUCCGAAGGUUUGCAUGAGUCUUCGGAUAGUCGAAUCAUGACCAAAUUUUUUUUUUGUAUUUUCUUAUCUUUAACAUCAAAUUUGAGUUCU